AUGUCUUGGUCUUUUCUUCCACUUGCUCUAGUGCUAGCCAUUGUUUCCCAAUGCUCCUUUGAAGCUACCAGCUCGCCACCGGUAACUGGUAAGACUAGGGCCCGAAUGACCAUCAACAGCUUUGAGAAAGGUGGGGACGGCGGUGGGCCCUCAGAGUGUGAUGGCAGGUACCGCAGUAAUACAGAGAAGGUGGUGGCCCUCUCAACCGGCUGGUACGACCACGGCCGUCGAUGCCUGAAGCACAUAACCAUCAACUACAAGGGCCGAACCACAACCGCCAAGGUAGUCGACGAGUGCGACACCGGGAAAGGCUGUGGCGACACCAUCGUCGACGCCUCGCGCGCCGUCUGGAAUGCACUCGGCGUGCCGAAAUCGGAGAUCGGAGAUGCACGGGUCACUUGGUCUGAUGCUGGAUCCUAAGCUAGGAGGCUUAAGCUUGAGUUCAUAUAUAAGAGCUAGCGUAGACGAACAAAAUAAGAGCUUAUUCUAUGCUGCCGUUAUAUUACUUGUGUAAUAAUGGGAAUUAUCUAAAGUAGUUAUCUAUUGCAAUUAUCUAAAAAA